GGAAAACCACACGAAGAAGAAAAAGAAAGCAACACACCUUUCUCAAUCAAUGAGAAUAUAUUUUAAACAGACAAGAUGCUGGUGUACACAUUUUUUUGAUUACUUCAUGAAGCCCCAAGAAAGUAUUUAAUUUAAUAUUGGAGCAAUUUCUAAAUUCAAACGAACCCCACUGCAACUAGACAUGGACAUUUAGAAGAAAUGCGUUCUUCCAAGUCGGGAACAUCGUCAAGUGUGUCGAAAAUGAUCUGUGCAACACUUAACAUUACCUACCUAAUAACGCCUAUAAGCCAGCUGGAACAGUAAUGGUCUGACUAGGGCUUGCUAUCCAACAGAGGCUAAAGAAGGUUCAUAUUCUCUCAACCCCCCAACUAUUCAUUAGAAAGGAGCAAGAGACAGACUGCACACAGAAUGAGCUCAUCUGCUCCCAGGAUGGUGAACAACUACAAGCGUACUUCCAGCCCUCGGUCUCCUACGAACAGUGGGGAGCUCUUCACUCCAGCGCAUGAGGAGAAUGUGCGCUUCAUCCACGACACCUGGCAGUGUGUGCUCAGAGACAUCCGGUCACCACAGAGCAGCGAACGCAAAGACCGUGGACCACAGGAGUAUGUGGAAAAGAACCCAAAUCCCAACUUAAAUUCUUUCACACCAGUUGACCUGAGUGACCUCAAGAAACGCAACACACAGGACUCCAAGAAGUCCUAGUCUUUCUCUUUAUAGUCAACAGCUUUUUUUCUGCACCAAUUAUCCUUGAGAACUUUCUCUUCCUCUGUCAGCCAGCAAGUCAACCUUUUGGCCAGUCCUGCCCAGAAUGCCGGUCCUAUUUCUGCCCACCUGGACUAACAGUCUGCCCAUUCAACAGCAGUGGGCUGAUGUCCUAACAACCACAACAUUUUUGGAGUCCCCCCCCCCUCUCUUUCUCUGUCCAGGCUCAAUAUUUUCUUACCCUACCUCCCAUCUGGUUGACGUGGAAUGCAAGAAAGCUGGCAUUUGAUUUCCAGGGAUUCUCUCUUCCGGUUCUUGGUUUUACAGCCAUGAAUUUUUCAUUUUCACUCUUUUUUUUAUGUGAAUGGGUCUGAUGCAGAGUUUCAAUGAAAUAUGCUGACAUCCUGAUGCCGAAGUACAGACUGUGUACAAAUUCUUAAUGGGACACUUUAAAGGACUGCAGUCUUAAAUAUAAACUGUUUUCUUUUCAAUCUACAAAGGAUAAUGCUGAAGGGCUGACAUUCUUUUUUUGGAAGAUAGUUGAAUUGUAGAUAUAUUGGAAUGGAAUCCGAUUGUACGGGCGAGUUUUGGAAACCAAAAAUUGUUUAGGAUAAAUGCCAACAUUUUUCAUAUAAAUUCAUGCCCCUAAAAUGGACAACUCCACAUUGACUUCCCAGCCUUGAAAAAAAAUAUUAAAUAAAAUACUUUUACAAUA